CUUCACUACUAGAGGUCGCGUUCUUCCGCUGUUCUUUUUCAUUCUAUCGGUCGGAGUCUUGCGUGAGCCCGGCUGGGUUUGUCCGUGUCACCGUUUCUCUUCUGGGUUUCAAUAAAGUUUUUUUCUUCCUUCCCUUGUACGGAGCUCAAGAUGGCGGCCUCCUGGUCGCCCUUGGUUACCCUGCGCUUAGUGCAGAGCCGGCUGAGACGGAGAUGUGUUGGGUGCGGGGCGAGGGCCGCUGCACUCGCUCUUCCGGCCACCGUCCCUGGAAACCCCCUUUGGAAAGCCUACACACUUCAGACACCCGAGAGUAUGUCUCCAACUGCGGCUGCAGAGGCUUAUUCAAAAGCUUUGACUGUUUGCCAUGGACCACUAGACCACUAUGACUUUCUGAUCAAAGCUCAUGAGCUGAGGGAUGAUGAACAUCAAAGAAGAGUCAUACAGUGUUUGCAGAAAUUACACGAGGACCUUAAAGGAUACAGUAUAGAGGCAGAAGGCCUUUUUUCAAAGCUUUUUUCAAGGAGCAAACCUCCAAGGGGCCUGUAUGUUUAUGGAGAUGUUGGUACAGGGAAAACAAUGGUGAUGGACAUGUUUUAUGCUUAUGUGGAAAUGAAGAGGAAAAAACGGGUUCAUUUUCAUGGUUUCAUGCUAGAUGUUCAUGAAAGAAUACAUCGCCUGAAACAGAAUUUGCCAAAAAGGAAACCAGGGCUCAUGGCUAAAUCAUACGAUCCAAUAGCUCCCAUAGCUGAAGAAAUCAGUGAAGAAGCAUGUCUCUUAUGUUUCGAUGAAUUUCAGGUCACUGACAUUGCUGAUGCCAUGAUUCUGAAACAGCUUUUUGAAAAUCUGUUCAAAAACGGGGUCGUCGUUGUGGCAACAUCCAACAGGCCACCGGAAGAUCUUUAUAAAAAUGGACUCCAAAGAGCUAACUUUGUACCAUUCAUAGCUGUCCUGAAGGAAUACUGUAAUACGAUCCAGCUAGAUUCUGGGAUAGAUUACCGGAAAAGGGAACUUCCUGCUGCAGGAAAACUCUACUACCUCACAAGUGAAGCUGAUGUGGAGGCUGUCAUGGAUAAGUUGUUUGAUGAGCUGGCUCAGAAACAAAAUGAUUUAACUAGACCAAGGAUUCUAAAAGUGCAAGGCAGAGAGCUACGGCUGAAUAAAGCCUGUGGAACCGUUGCCGACUGCACAUUUGAAGAGCUGUGUGAGAGACCCCUUGGAGCCAGUGACUAUUUGGAACUAUCAAAGAAUUUUGAUACAGUAUUUUUACGAAACAUUCCACAAUUUACGCUGGCGAAGAGGACUCAAGCUCGAAGAUUCAUAACGCUCAUUGAUAACUUUUAUGAUUUCAAGGUGCGCAUAAUUUGCUCUGCAUUGACUCCUAUAUCAAGCUUAUUUUUGCAUCAACAUCAUGACAGUGAGUUGGAGCACAGCAGAAUACUGAUGGAUGAUUUGGGGCUGAGCCAGGAGUCCGCAGAAGGACUCUCCAUGUUUACCGGAGAAGAGGAAGUCUUUGCAUUUCAGCGCACGAUUUCCCGACUCACAGAAAUGCAGACUGAACAGUACUGGAACGAAGGGGACAGAAGCAAGAAGUAACCGUCACUUUUGUGUGAAUAAAACGCUGGGCAAAUGAUUACCACAGGGAGAACUCUUUAUUAUGAGACUUGAAGGAAUCAUUUUCUCAUCAUUAAUUAUGCACUUUGUCUUCUGGACCAUUUUUAUCUAAAACUGCUGUCAAAUAAUGUAGUGGAUUAGUAAGUUAAAGCCAUUUUUCUAGGUCUACUUUUUGCCUAUUUAUUUGGCCUUGUUUCUGCACCACAAAAUUAAAAUCAGCACUCCUGAAGAUUAAAGUAGGACCAGACAUUUUGGCUUCAUAUCAAGCCACUUGAAUGAACCUUGAAAACACACACACACACACACACACACACACACAC